AUGAAUUCUAAUUACUUUCUAACAAGAGUUAAGCCUUUCAAAAAAUCAUUGGGUGAAUUCUAUGACACAAUGGAGAAAUUUCAUUUGCCCAUCACCUCCAAUAAUGCAGUCACCAAUAGUUCUCCUUUAACAACAAAGGAAUUCACAUCAUCAUUGACAAUUUAUCGACCAAAAAAUCUUACAAUUUUGCCAUAUCGUGGAGCAAUAAUUUCAACAAUUAUGAGUGUACACCAUGCAAUAACUAUAGCCUCAUGGAUAGAUAAAAUGGAUUUAACAAGUAAUAAUAAUGGUGCAAGAAUAGUUGAGUCAGAUCACAAGUAUGCUUUAAAUUAUUGGAGAUCAAUUGGACCUUCAUUUGGUAAAUUCGAUUUACUAAUGGAAAACAAUAUUAUCAAAUUUAAACAUAGAAGCUAUCAUCCAAACAUUAUGCCAAUUGAUAAUGGGUAUGCUAGAAUUGAAGAUUAUGAAGUGUUUCAAGUGGUUAGGAAAGCUACUGUCUUGUCUCCCUCAUCUUCAACCAUUAUUAAUGCUAAUUCUACAUCUACUGAUAGAAAAAUCAUGUUUGACGAAGAAGAGAAAGAACCUUUGGUAAUAUUUGAAUGCUUGAUGGCAGCUGAUGAAUUAUUAUUGGACGAGUUUAUUGAUUACACACAAACAUUAUUACUAAAUAAACAUAUCCAAUGGCUUAAAGACAACCUUCCCAUAAUCUUCCGUAUUACUUUUAACACAAAUGCAUUAAAGAAAUUACAAGAUUUCUGUUUAGAUCGUAUUCGCAAAUAUCCUAAUCUGUUAUUUGACUCAGAUGAAUUUUUAUUAUUGCCAGAAGAUUGCUUGGAACAAUUAUUAAAGGAUGAUGAAUUAGAAAUGGAAGAAAUGCCUUUCAAAAAAUCAUUGGGUGAAUUCUAUGAUACAAUGGAGAAAUUUCAUUUGCCCAUCAUCUCCAAUAAUGCAGUCACCAAUAGUUCUCCUUUAACAACAAAGGAAUUCACAUCAUCAUUGACAAUUUAUCGACCAAAAUAUCUUACAAUUUUGCCAUAUCCCUCAUGGAUAGAUAAAAUGGAUUUAACAGGUAAUAAUAAUGGUGGUGUAGAUAAUCAUAACACUAAUAAUAUUGCUACUACUAGUACAAGAAUAGUUGAGUCAGAUCACAAGUAUGCUUUAAAUUAUUGGAGAUCAAUUGGACCUUCAUUUGGUAAAUUCGAUUUACUAAUGGAAAACAAUAUUAUCAAAUUUAAACAUAGAAGCUAUCAUCCAAACAUUAUGCCAAUUGAUAAUGGGUAUGCUAGAAUUGAAGAUUAUGAAGUGUUUCAAGUGGUUAGGAAAGCUACUGUCUUGUCUCCCUCAUCUUCAACUAUUAUUAAUGCUAAUUCUACAUCUACUGAUAGUAAUAAUAUAAUAGUACACUGA